AGUUCACUUUUGCUCAGAGUCUGUGGUCAGAGCAGGCACGAAGCAGUUAUCUAGUCGCUUUGCUGCAGGAGUCAACAUGGCCGCCUUGUCGGUGGAGGAGGACGGUGAACGUGCACAGCCGAAGCUGGGGCGCAUGGGUUGCCUUCUGCCACUCUCCGUGUUUCUGAAUGUCGUGCAGUUCUACAUGAUGUUGCAGCUGUCGGCAAGAUUCCGACUUUCAUCGCCUGGUGUGCAACAAGGCCAAGGCGAGAACGGCAUCAGUCGUCCGGCUUUGCUAGCACAACCACCGUCAAGCAGCAUACUUCCGAUCAUCCGUUACAUGCAAGGACAAAAUAACGCGGACACUUCGGAGAAAACGCCCCACAGCCGCGAGGUCAGGCAGGCGUCAACCACUCCAGCUGCUACUGCAGAUGAAAAGCCCUCCCACGACGCCGACAGUCAUAAUGAGGUGGACCAGUCGCUUAAUGAUCGUCGAAAAGUAUUUCGAUUUCCCCUCCAGCCCAUGGUGGUCCUUGGAGAAAAAACUGCAACCAGUGCGUCUGGCGAACCGGCUAAACCCGUCGUGGGUAAAAUCAUGAAGCUCGAAAGCUUUUUUGGGUUUCGUGACGAACACAUAUCCGAGAAAAGAACACCAUCAAUUCCAUGACUUUUCUUGCUGUCCCUGUAAAUGGCAUGUCUGCGUCGACAUCAUGAGAAAAAGAAUUCGGAAUGUCAAUGCUCAUAGGCUUCCUGCAGCUGCAAAUCAUCCAACACAAAAAAUAACCGCCAUGCUGGGCAAGGGCAGUCGCAGUUGCGCAUUUUGCAACAUUAAGAGAAGCAAGAAGUGUAGUACGCUUGUAUGGGGCGUGAUCCCGGUGUUUUUUCCGGCAUAGUACGAGCAGGUGCGGCAGAACAACGGGGCGAGUAGCCAUGCUUUCUCGGCUCUGCUGUCGCAGAACCGACAGCCAAAACCUCAAGUUGACGAGUGCGCAGCUCCGGGCAGGUCGUGCAAGCUGCCCAUUCUGGUCUCCGAUUGGGAAUCGUUUUACACUGCCGGGCGUUUGAUGAGUGGUUACGAAAGUUUGGUUCCCCUUGGCGACGGCCAAACGCCCGUUGGGCGCAAGCAAAAGUUCCAGGCCAUUCCCUGGAUCGCAACCUACUUCGAGAAAGAAGCGUUUAAAUUUGAAGCCAUGUGGAAUCACUUUGCGGAGACGGGGUGUUUUGAGGACACGACAACUCCUGGUACAACUCCUGCGGCGCCAGCCGACGGCCAACAAGAACCUCCUGUGUCGCCGUCGGAAAAGACGGCUGUGUUGACCAAGAUGUACGGGCAUUGGUACGGCUUGGACAAAAUUUUCCUGUACUGCUUCCUCAAGACCGUUCACCAGCCGGGUUUGUUUCUGGAGGUCGGAUCCGGCCACAGCACCGAGGUUGCCAGGCUUGCGCUGCGGGAGGCCGCGGAGAAAUCCGGAAAGAAAACGCAACACAUCGCGAUAGAACCCUACCGCACGGACCAGGUGCCAGCCUCGGUCGACGUGAUCGUGUCGGAAGUGCAAGAUUUGGAUCCGAACAUGAUAGUCGCGAACUUGCACGCGGGCGACGUGUUUUUCAUCGAUUCGUCCCACAUAACCAAGGCCUACGGGGACACCUUGUACGAGCUGCUGACAAUUCUGCCGCAGCUCCGUCCGGGAGUUAUCGUGCAUGUGCACGACGUUUUCCUGCCGGAUGACUACCCGGUCGAGCACGCCGCGAAUGUGCGAUGGACGGAGCAGUGGUUGCUGGCGUUGUUGCUCUACGGGAACGUUAACGGUGCUGGGAAGGACAAUAAUGGCGGUAAAACAAACCUUGACCACGAGGAGGCGCGCGAAGAUCUGUCCGCGAGGUGGGAGAUCUUGUGGGGGUCGCACUACGCCUGGACCCGGUUCGGGAGGUCCGUCCCCAGCUUCUCCGGUGAUCCAUGGCUGUCAAAAGUCAAAAACAAUCCGCAACAAGCUAUGCCGGCAGGCUGGUUCAAAAUGCAGGCGAGCUUGUGGCUGCGCAAGUUGGUGUAGAUAAGUACUUAACUAAUAAAUUCUUUUUUUGGUCGUGGCUUAUGAUUUUGCGCCCCGAGCGCCGGCCUUUCUCACAACUUGAACAUCUGCAGAGCUUUUCUUUGAUGAGCCAUGAAUUUGGACAAGUCUAUCUAUCACAAGUUUUUUAAGUGCUCGCGAU